GACACAGAAACCUACUAAAAUAUGUGCAGUGGUUUUUGUACUAAAUGGUCAAUAAUUCCCCAGUGUUUUCCUUCAGGGCGCAGACGCUAGACGACAAGUUGGGAAAACGCAGUGACGCCGAAGCGACGAUUGAUCCCCAGUUUUCCAGUUGUGGGCCGCGGUUGGAAAACUUGUUCGAUAUUUUAAUUGAAAACAUUAUUUUUUUAGUUUUUUUUUUAGCUCAAAUAGAAAUAAUUAACUCUAGAAUAGGGCGACUAAAAAAAGGAUGAGUCAUUAUAAGACUAAACCUUUAAAACGAGAUAGAAGAAGAUGAUAGAUCCAUCUUCAUCUGAGGAAGAUAGUGAUGAAGAGCAUGGAUCUGGACAUCAUGUGGGACACCAUCCACCCGCGCAUCAUCCUCAUCACCAAACGCAUUCACACCCGCCGGCGGAAGCAUCACCUUAUCAUUCUCACGGAUCCGAUGGUAGCGGGGUCCUAGAGAUACCCAACAAUGCUGCUGCCCUGCAGCGAUCUUUAUCACCAAGCAGUGCCGUCUCGGUGGAAACCCAUAGUAUCGGGUCUUCCUCGAGAGCAAAUUCUCUUCCACGACCGACUAGUCCUUCUCCGUCUGUCGCAUCAGAAAAAACUGAGGUCGACAUUCAGGAAAAGCAGGAGCGCGAGGAAGAGGAGCGAAAGCGGAGAAUACAGCUUUAUGUUUUUGUAUCUCGAUGUAUAGCAUAUCCCUUUAACGCAAAACAGCCCACGGACAUGACUAGACGCCAACACAAAGUCACUCGGCAUCAGUUAGAUGCUAUUGUAAAUAGAUUCCAGAGCUUUCUUAAGGGCGAAACCCAAAUAAUGGCCGACGAAGCUUUCCAAAACGCUGUGCAAAAUUAUUACGACGUAUUUUUAAAAUCCGAAAGGGUUGGGAAAAUGGUUCAAUUAGGUGCCUGGACCCAAUAUGACUUCCGAGAAGUUUUUAGAAGUAAUAUCGAAAAGCGUGUUAGAUCACUACCUGAAAUGGAAGGACUAAGUAAGGAAACAGUAUUUACAUCCUGGAUGGCAAAGUUCGAUUGCAUUUUAAAAGUGCAAGACGAUGAAAAUAAAAGGCCUAGGACACAAGCAAUCAAUUCCGAAUUAAUUCUAUCGAAAGAACAGCUAUAUGAUAUGUUUCAACAAAUAUUAGGUGUUAAGAAAUUUGAGCAUCAACUUCUCUAUAAUGCGCUAAUGCUUGAUUCAGCAGAUGAACAAGCUGCAGCCAUUAGAAGAGAACUUGAUGGAAGAAUGCAGAAAGUCUCAGAAAUGGAAAAGAACCGUAAGCUGUUACCAAAAUUUGUACUAAAAGAAAUGGAAUCUUUAUACAUCGAAGAACUAAAAUCAGCUAUAAAUUUAUUGAUGACAAAUUUGGAGUCUCUACCAGUAUCGAAAGGAUCCAUGGAUUCAAAAUAUGGGUUGCAAAAACUAAAACGCUAUAAUCACAGGUUGCAUAACCAUAAUAAUCCAUAUAAUGUGAAGCACCUUUUGAUGAACUAUGUUACUUCUUUUAGAUCGCAAGGAUCUUUAGCGAAACUGGAUGGAGAUUCAGCUGACAGUGAUACUACACUUACCAAAAUGGACGUUGUACUUACAUUCCAACUGGAGGUUAUUGUGAUGGAAGUAAGGGGGUUAAAAUCAUUACAACCAAACAGAAUAGUCUAUUGUACAAUGGAAGUAGAAAAUGGUGAAAAAUUACAAACCGAUCAAGCCGAAGCUUCAAAACCCAUGUGGGAUACUCAAGGCGAUUUUUGCACAACACACCCCUUACCGGUGGUUAAAGUUAAACUUUUUACGGAAAAUCCUGGUAUGCUUGCUUUGGAAGAUAAAGAAUUGGGAAAAGUUAUAUUGAAGCCGACGCCACUAUCAUCAAAGGCACCAGAAUGGCAUAAAAUGACAGUACCAAAAAAUCUUCCUGAUCAAGACUUGCGCAUAAAGGUAGCCUGUAGAAUGGACAAACCUUUGAACAUGAAGCAUUGCGGAUACCUUUAUGCAUUAGGAAAGAGCGUUUGGAAGAAAUGGAAGAAGCGCUACUACGUCCUGGUUCAAGUAUCCCAGUAUACGUUCGCCAUGUGCAGCUACAAAGAGAAAAAAUCGGAACCUUCGGAAAUGAUGCAACUGGACGGAUAUACUGUGGACUAUAUUGAAGCAUCAAGCGCAACUUUGAUGGUCGGAACGGGUAAGCACUUGGAAGGUGGUAGGUUCUUUUUUAACGCAGUAAAAGAAGGAGAUAGUAUUGUAUAUGCUAGCGAUGACGAAAAUGAGUGCCAUUUAUGGGUAAUGGCUAUGUAUCGAGCUACUGGACAAUCUCACAAACCCACCCCUCCUUUAACUUUACAGGAUAAAAAUUCGACUAUUUCUAAAAUACAAGGCGAUGCUGACAGAGCUCGAAAACAUGGGAUGGAAGAUUUUAUUUCAGCAGAUCCAUGUCAAUUCGAUCAUUCAACCCUUUUCAAGACCCUGCAAAACUUAACAUUAGAUUACAGGCUAGCAGAUAUGUAUUGUUCUUUGGGUUGGUUUAGCCCUGGGCAAGUAUUUGUGCUGGAUGAAUACUGCGCAAGAUAUGGUGUCCGAGGCUGUUACAGACAUUUGACUUAUUUGUCAGAUCUACUGGAUAGAGCUGACAAAAAUCAUAUGAUUGACCCAACUUUAAUUCAUUACAGUUUUGCUUUCUGCGCGAGCCACGUGCAUGGAAAUAGUAUUGACUCUAGACCAGAUGGAGUCGGUAGCGUCACCCACGAAGAAAAAGAAAAAUUCCAAGAUGUCAAGGAAAGAUUGCGGGUUCUGUUAGAACAUCAAGUAACAAACUUCAGAUAUACAUUUCCAUUCGGUAGACCAGAAGGUGGUCUGAAAGCAACCAUUUCUUUACUAGAGCGAGUUUUAAUGAAAGAUAUCGCAACACCUGUAGCACCAGAAGAAGUAAGAGGUGUUAUAAAGAAAUGUUUAGAGACUGCAGCUCUAGUAAAUUAUACAAGGUUAUCUGCUGAAGCAAAAAUUGAAGAGGACUUAAGAGGUGAAACAAUGGUCUCGCCCAGUAAAAAGCUAGACGACUUAAUUCAUCUAGCAGAAUUGUGCGUGGACUUGUUACAACAAAAUGAAGAACAUUACGCUGAGCAACUGCGUAAGGCUGACAAGCCCCUGGCCAGCCAGUCGGCCCAAAAUGCCCAGGCGGCAGGGUCGGGGCAACCGGCAGGCUCGGCACCUGCGCAGGGCUCCCCGGGUACCCCCAGUCGGCUCGCCAAGCAGCACUCAAACUCUGUGUCUCGCUAUUGCAUGCCUCCGCAUGCUACUUACACCCCACCAGAUCCCACGGCAUUCGCUUGGUUUAGCGACCUACUAGUUGAACAUGCGGAAAUUUUCUGGUCUCUAUUUGCUGUUGAUAUGGAUCGAGUUCUGGCUGAACAACCUGCAGAUACUUGGGACUCAUUCCCGCUGUUUCAAAUUUUGAAUGACUAUCUAAGAGCAGACGAUAAUUUGAAGAAUGGACGAUUUCAUCAACAUUUAAGGGAUACAUUUGCUCCUUUGGUAGUCAGAUAUGUUGACCUUAUGGAAUCUUCAAUAGCUCAAUCUAUACAUAAAGGAUUUGAAAAGGAACGAUGGGAAAUUAAAGGAAAUGGUUGUGCGACAUCAGAAGAUCUGUUUUGGAAACUAGACGCUUUACAAUCGUUUAUAAGAGAUCUUCACUGGCCAGAUACUGAAUUCAGGCAACAUUUAGAGCAAAGAUUAAAACUAAUGGCGUGCGAUAUGAUCGAAUCUUGCAUACAGCGAACAGAAACUGCUUUCCAUCAGUGGCUCAAAAAGUCUGUGACCUUCCUGUCAACCGAUUACAUUUUGCCAUCAGAAAUGUGUGCAAUGGUUAACGUUAUUUUGGAUGCCAAAAACCAAUCGUUCAAGUUAUGUGCCGUUGACGGAAUUGAUUUGCACCAAUAUCACACCAAAAUAGAUGAUCAAAUAGACAAGACUUUGGCAAAUAUGAAUCAAGGUAUGCUCAGCAAAUUAAUGUCAGUUUUGGAAGCAACACUAUCUAAAUUAUCAAGAUAUGACGAAGGAAGUCUUAUUGGGUCCAUAUUGAGCUUUACGAAUGUCUCAGGUUCUGGAAAAGAUGUAGGCCAAAGCUACGUAAAUUUCUUACGUAACAGUAUGGAGCAGAUCAGAGGUAAAGUAACUGAUGAACUAUGGAUUUUAAACUUUUUUGAACAGUGGUACACUGGACAAAUGAAUAUGAUAUGCAACUGGCUGUCAGAGAGGCUGGACCAUACUUUACAUCCAUACCAAUGUACGUGCCUUGCUCAUAUCGUGAAGAAAAUAUUCUCCGAUUUUGAACUCCAUGGAGUUAUGGAAGACAAACUGAACUCUAAAGCCUACCAAACGAUCGCGCAAAGGAUGCAGACAGAGGAAGCCACAUGUGCAUUGACUUUGGGUCAAAGUGAAGGAGGGUUGGAAAUUGGCGAAGAUGAAUCAGACAGCAAAAGUAAAUCUCUAAUGGAAAGCUUAGGAGCCGAUGAUGGAAAUCCCUUAUCGAAUGUAGGGAACAUGGUUGCGGGAAGAGUGAGCAACUUUUUGGGAAAGGGUAUUGGGGGAAUUGGUUCAAAGCUGGGUGGCGGAUCAAGUUGGUUCUAAUAUUUUUAGCUAUUUUUUUUUUGUAUAAUAAAUAUAAUAAUAUAAUCUAGAUUCCUAAUAAAUGUUUUUUUGGUCAUUUUAUUAUUGUUUAACGUAGGUAAUUAUUAACGAGAAUCUUGCAAAAGUAUUGCGGUCUAUUUUGGUUCAAUUUUUUUUGCGAGUUGCGAUUGAUUUGGAAAUUCAAUUCUAUGGAGAAAAAUAUGUGUCGUGGAAAUGUUCUGAACUUGGACGCCCACUGAAAAAAAAACUAAACAGUUACCUACUUAUCUGUUUUUGGUCAGAUUUUAGAAGCAAAUCAAGGUAGAUCUAUGGGAUAAAAUUGUAUCGUGGAGUAUCGUUUCAGGACAUUCCCACAAUAUACGUAUAUAUUUUUCUUAUAAGAAUAGAUUUAAAAAUCAAGCACAAUUCGGACUUAAAAUUGCGUCAACAUCCACUCUAAGAAUUCCCUCGAUUAAUAGAUGUUCAACUUAAGAUAUUUCUUAGCUUAUCUUUUUAAAAGCAGUAAAUACAUAUGAAAAUAGAAAUAUGAAAUACCUAUUACUUACUACAGUAUUGAACCAACUAACUACAUAAGCAAUAAAACUGACAGUAAGAUCAAUACCAUUAAUCGUUGUAUGAGCACUUCAAUGUUUGAUGUAGUAUCGAAUUUGCCUUUUUAUAAUGUAGGUAUACUAUAAUGUACAAAACGGGUACUAAAUGACGAUAAUAAUAUUUUUUUUCGUCUUGUUUUUAUCCUUAAAAAAAAGUGGAACUAUAUAGAAAUCGUUUCACUUAAAAAGACUGAAAGUCGCCUCUUAAAGUAUUAAUGUUGUUCAACACAGCAAUAAAGCUUAAUUUUAUUAAAAUGACAAGGAAAAAAAAUGCCAAAAAAACGUUUAGUAUGAAUCAAAAUAAUAAAGUUGUUUAUUAGAAAGUUUUUUACAAUAAUACAUAUUGUUACAUAUUUGAAUAUUAUAAAAUAAUAAUUCGAGCAGUGGAACACCUUGACCGCAAGCUUUAAAUGUAUUUUAAAAUAUUUACUAAAAUCAUUUUCGGGUGUUUAAUAACAAAUAUUUGAAGCAUAUCAGAUGUACUUGUCAUGUUGACAGCUAGUAUUGUUAUUCUGCUUGAUAUAACGCAAAAAAAACUGCAAAUAUAUUUUCGAAAAUAAAUAAUAUUUUUCGGUUAUCUAACAUAUUAAAAAUACAAUUUUUGGCAAAUCUAUAACGUACAUUAAGUUGAACAAAAAUUAAUUUUUUUAUAGUAGGAAAGAUGAUUUGAAUGUAUAUUAUUGGCGUUUUUUUUUAUUAGAAUGUUAGAGUGUAAUAGGCAGCAGUUUUUAAAAUAUUGAAAUAUACUUACUUGUGCUAAAUCUGACAUGUCAUUAUUAUCUUGCUUGCAAAGUAUACCCAAUAUUUUAUUAUGGUAAUUUUUCUUCUUAAUUUUUAAUUUCGAUAUUUGGAUAUUUAAAUUGAUACUAAAAAUAAAUAAGUAAGAUAACCCAUAUAGGCUUUAAUUAGAAAUAAUUACCCUAAUUACACUUUUUCCUUAACUUAAAUUUUAUAGUAUUGUCUUGUACCGUCACAUUAAGUCUUCGAUUUGGAUAAAUCAUAUUAAAUUAUAAUAAGUCCCUGUGCCUAGUAGUUAAUUAUCUACACAAUAUUUAUGCUUUAUAGCAUCUUGGUAUAAUUUUUAGUUUUAGAUUUUGAUACUUAAACAAGGCAUUGGCAUUAAUUGUUUGUUUCAACUAAGAAUCUGAUUUCAAAAUGAAGGGUACGAAAACUCGUAUAAAAUAAUAAUCACCUAACAAGCGUUAGCUGCGGAAGUUUAAACUUAGUUUAUUUCGACAACUUAUUUCAUACAUAAGUUUUGGAAUUGAUAUUUAAAUUAACAGGCUAAAAUUAUUACUCUUUAAUAUGAUUUUUUCCCAAAAAUUCUAGGACAUGAAAGUUGAAAUGUAACAAGUACAAAUUUAUAUUGUAUUUCAAAUAGCAACAGAGAAUAAUUUGUGAUAAGUGUUUAGCGACAACUUAGGACCUACUAAUUAUCUUCUUGAAAACUUAUUCAAAUUUAUCUUUUUCUUAUAGCUACCUAAUCCCGGGUCGUGCGUUGUAUUUUAAUAAAUUGUCAGAAACUAAUUUAUUUUCAAAAUUCUAAUAUUCCAAAAAGCCUUUUAAAAUAGUUAAUGUAUUUAAUAUUGUGCCUUGUGCUUGGAAAAUUGUGAAAUUCAAUUUUACAUUUCAGUGUGGCUAUAACUGUUAUAAAUACCUAACAAAUCUUUAAAUUAUUUAUCAAAUAAAUUUAUCUGAAACUAAGAAAAGUAUCUAUCAAGCAACUUUAUAUAUCAAAAAUUCAACGCAACACCCUAUGUUCUACAUUCUUAGCCUUGAUAAACUUUCCUAAAUUUAGGUGUUUUGUUAGAAUAAAAGUUCAAAUAAAAUAUCUAGAAUCUAAUUACGUCGUUCUUUUGAACACCUAAGUCAACUCCGGUGAUUCAUAGUCUUUAGUGCAUGUUAUAUUAUUAUAAACUUUAAAUAUUUUCGAUAACAUUUAGAUCUUUUUGCGCAUUCCAGUACAUAUAGACUAUGCAGCUAAGCGUAACUGCUUAACCUAUAUUGUACUUGAAAUAUGUAUGCUCUUUAAAAAUUCCAUAUGUAAGGGGUUAAUCUGGUUAUACAUUAUUACGUAUUUACGUGAGGUAACUUGUAUGGUAAAUAAAUAAAUUGUUUUAAAAUA